AUGGGGUCGCCAAUUCUACAGCCACCAAUUUCGGCACUCUCUAUAGGCUCGCCAACCUGUUUUCUGCAAGAUGUUGCCAACACCUGCGACCAAAAAGAGCAAAACUUGCUCGGUCAGGGAAAUAGGGUGUUUGUCAAUGGUAUGCUGUAUAAGGACAGGUCGGAAUGGUCCACAGCCAAUGACACUGAUAUACUCGUGGGUGACGCUGGUGUUCCGGGAAUGCUCUCAGUGGUGAUGACGCUCCAUCCCUCGAAACCUAUUUGUGCCGCCGCAACGGGCUUCUUUACGGCAACAGAGACGCCGACAAUGAAGGAUCAGCGGUCUGUGUUGGGUGGAGUGGCAUGGACUGCCGUGGAUAUAAAGAAUGGAGGUUCCCAAGCCGCCCAAACACCGAACCCGUCGUCAGUCAUAUCACGUGACACGUCACCGCCCGAGCUUCAGUGUCCAGACAGCUUGGCCAACCCCCCGGCCAUCCCACCACUGCUUUCCUCUCCCCAUCCGACCUUCUUUGUCCUGUGUCGCAUCCGUGGAGGAUCCGAUUCGCCCGCCAUGGCCGAGUUUGUCGACCCCCGGAUGACCUCCAUCAAGCCCCGCAUCCGCUAUAACACUAUCGGAGGUAUUAACGGACCUCUGGUUGUCCUCGAUAAUGUCAAAUUUCCUCGCUACAACGAGAUUGUAUCUCUGACGCUCCCCGAUGGCACGGAGCGCUCCGGUCAGGUACUGGAGGCUAGAGGAAACCGAGCAGUUGUGCAGGUGUUCGAGGGCACUACGGGUAUCGAUGUGAAGAAGACCAAAGUUGAGUUCUCCGGCCACAGCAUGAAGCUGGGUGUGUCAGAGGACAUGCUGGGUCGGGUCUUCGAUGGUUCGGGACGUGCCAUCGAUAAGGGUCCCAAAGUGCUCGCGGAGGACUACCUGGACAUUAAUGGAUCGCCCAUCAACCCUUACUCUCGAGUUUACCCCGAGGAAAUGAUCUCGACCGGUAUCUCCGCUAUUGACACCAUGAAUUCCAUCGCCCGUGGACAGAAGAUUCCUAUCUUCUCCGCCGCCGGUCUUCCCCACAACGAAAUCGCUGCUCAGAUUUGUCGUCAAGCCGGUCUGGUGAAGCGACCAACCAAGGAUGUCCAUGACGGCCACGAGGAGAACUUCUCCAUUGUCUUUGCCGCUAUGGGUGUUAACAUGGAAACCGCUCGAUUCUUCACUCGCGAUUUCGAGGAGAACGGUAGUAUGGAGCGUGUCACCCUGUUCCUGAACCUGGCCAACGACCCCACCAUUGAGCGUAUCAUUACGCCCCGUCUGGCCCUGACCACCGCCGAAUACUAUGCCUACCAGCUGGAGAAGCACGUCUUGGUUAUCAUGACGGAUCUGUCGGCAUACUGUGAUGCGCUGCGUGAGGUUUCCGCUGCCCGUGAAGAAGUGCCCGGUCGUCGUGGUUACCCCGGUUACAUGUACACCGAUUUGUCGACCAUUUACGAGCGUGCUGGACGUGUUGAGGGCCGUAACGGAUCCAUUACUCAGAUUCCUAUUCUGACUAUGCCUAACGACGAUAUUACCCAUCCCAUUCCUGAUCUGACUGGUUAUAUUACAGAGGGUCAGAUCUUCAUUGACCGUCAACUUGCCAACAAGGGUGUCUACCCACCUAUCAACGUUCUGCCGUCUCUCUCGCGUCUGAUGAAGUCCGCUAUCGGCGAGGGCCGUACCCGCAAGGACCACUCGGAUGUGUCUAACCAGUUGUACGCCAAGUACGCCAUCGGUCGUGAUGCCGCCGCCAUGAAGGCAGUCGUCGGUGAGGAGGCCCUGUCCUCGGAAGACAAGUUGUCCCUUGAGUUCCUCGACAAGUUCGAGCGAACCUUCAUUAAGCAGUCGCCCUACGAGUCUCGGACGAUCCACGAGUCUCUCGACAUCGCCUGGAACCUUCUUCGUGUCUAUCCUAAGGAGUUGCUCAACCGUAUCCCCAAGCGUGUUCUGGACGAAUUCUAUGCCCGGUCCGCCCGCAAGAUCCCCAACAAGGACACCCGGGACAACUCAGGCGAGCAGAAGCAGGGCUCCGCGCAGCCGGACGGUAACCUUAUUGAUGCUUGA